GUGUUGCGAGUAUAUUAGCUCUUCUUCUUGCCUCACCGAAAAAUUGUAUGACUACACGGUGGAGUCGUUUACCACUUGGUCGUAAAGUUCAUGCAUACGCGUUUGCGACUCCGUGUGUAAUGUCUGAAGCACUUUCAGUCCGUGUUCAACCCCUAGUUACAUCCGUAGCAUAUGGUAACGAUGUGGUUUGCCGUCUAAGUCUUGGUCAUGUACUGGAUUUACGUAACAUGGUCAGAUUUCUUGGUUCAAAUAAAUCAAAAUCUGGUGAAGCUGGAGAAGAGACUGCAAGUAAAAUCAUUAAAAAAUUCAUCGAUUAUCAAAGCAGAACGUUUAGUAAUGAUGAAAGAGGAAGAGAAAGUAGAGAUGAAUUUGAAAAUUGGUUUUAUAAAGUUAGAAAUGAUUGUUAUCAACAUAUGCAAAACCCUAAGCUAUAUCCUCCCGGUAAAGUUUAUUGGAUUGUAAAUGGUAAUAGAGUCCCAUAUUGUGAAGAUAAUAAUGAUCAAGAAGAUUCGGAUGAUGAGGAAGAAGGUAUGGACCGGGAAAAAUCUUUUCUUGAGGAUAAAACAAAUAAGCAAUAUUAUAUGUUGGAUGUCGAUGUCGAAAAAAUAUUUAAUGAAGUUUCGUUUUCUCCACGUAUGAUGAUGGACCAUCUUCCUCACAUAUAUGGAAAUACAGUGAAUGAUAAAGUUUACAUCCGCAUGGCAAUUGAGUAG